GUGAACAAAGUGUCGGUCCUCGCCGAAACGAUAGCCUACCUCAAGGAGCUUCAGCGAAGGGUACAAAGAGCUGGAAUCCAGAAGAAACUCUCUGCGGGCUCCAAGAGGAAGAGCCCAGAGUUCGGCGGUGACGUGGAGAAGGAGCACGGCCAUCCCAGCUGGGUCCUCCCCAAGGACGGCACCAGCAACGUCACCGUCACCGUCUCGGACAGGGACGUGCUCCUGGAGGUGCAAUGCCGGUGGGAGGAGCUCCUGAUGACACGGGUGUUCCACGCCAUCAAGAGCCUCCACUUGGACGUUCACUCGGUUCAGGCUUCGGCACCAGAUGGCUUUAUGGGGCUCAAGAUACGAGCUCAGUUUGUUGGCUCCGGUGCCGUCGUGCCCGGGAUGAUCAGCGAGGCUCUUCGUAAAGCUAUAGGGAAUCGAUGA